AUGUACUCGCUGAUAUUGUUUCUUGGAGUACUGGUUCUUCUGUCCACUGGCUCACUCGCUCAAUUUAAACCUCCAGGACCGAGCAUACCACCCGGCCCUCCUCAUUCACUGGAGGAGUCCUCUUUGGAAGAAAAGACGCUAGCCUUCGGUGCCAAACUUCCCAAGGGACCAAAAACUCCCUCAAAGUUUAUCCCACCGACACCAAUUAAUCAUGAGUCUCUUGAUCAGGGGAAAAAGCCUUACCCAGAACACAAGCUACCGAUUAAUCCAGUUGAUCAGAAGCCUCCGAAGGGUGAACCCAAGUCACGGCGUAUGCCUUACCCACGACACCCUCCAGCAAAAGAUGGUAGAAACAUGCCCUAG